AUGUGGGCAGCCAAACUGAUUGUGGUCACACUGCUGCUGCUGCAUUUGACAGCCCUGGCGCUCAGCUGUUCGUGCGGCGAAGAGGCGAAUUUGGAGUGCGGUUGCACAAAACAUCACUAAAAACACAAAUACUUGGAAAUAUUACACAAGUUAUUGUAAAUAGAAAGAAAAUCACAAUUUAGUUAAGAUGGCGGACAUAACGGCAACCAGCGAAGGUAGUUCGAACACCAGUGAGGCAGUAGUGGAGCAUCAGCAGCCAACUUCAGAGUUUUUACAGCGCAAAAUCUAUUUUUUGGUGGA